AUGAACGACCAUUUGAGCGAGUCAACCGCAGAGAGCAUACCUCCACAGUUUAACUAUACAUGCCUACCAUCACAACCUUGUUGGCCAACGACGAGUCAAUGGGCUACCUUCAACAGAACGAUCCAUGGAAACCUCAAGCUCACGGUUCCUUGGGCAAACCCGUGCUACACUGGCUCCAGCGAGUGUCAACAUGUUGUGGCCAAUUACAUGAACAGUUCUGCGAGAGCGUCUCAGUAUGGUACCAUGGAAUUCCUUGACUGGGAAACGUGCGGCCAGUCGAGCUGCAUGCUCAACUCCUUGUCGCCUUCCGCGCCUCUGAACGGUGUCUGCUCGCUUGGGCGCCUUUCGACAUACCACGUAGAAGCUCAUAAGAGUGAUGAUAUCCAGAAGACAUUGAACUUCGUUCGAGCCCAUGGUAUCCGCCUGUCGAUCAAAAAUUCGGGCCACGACUACUUUGGCCGCAGUAAUGCGGCCAAUUCGUUGGCAAUAUGGACCCGGAACAUGAAGAAUGCCCAAUAUCACAAGACGUUCCGGCCAAGAGGCUGCGAGAGCUCCGUCGAGAAUGUCGGCGAGAUCGGGGCUGGCGUGUCCGCACAAGAGGCAUGGGAAUUUUUCGAGCCGCUCGGCAUGCUUGUCACUGUCGGUGCUACUGGUUCUGUUGGUAUUGCUGGAGGGUUUGGACAAGGAGGUGGGCAUGGACCGCUUGGUCCAAAGUUUGGACUGAUGGUCGAUAAUGCGAUCGAGUUCGAUGUGGUCACCGCCGAUGGCCAGGCACGAACGAUCAACGCAUGCAGUGACCCCGACCUCUUCUAUGCAAUGCGAGGGGGCGGUGGGGGGACCUUUGCCGUAUUGACGUCUUACAAGUUCCAGCUUCACCCAGCCGUGCCGCUGAAUGUAUAUAGCUUCCAAGCAAGCUUCCCUUUGCCAGACGGUCAGCUCGACAUUACGGAGUCCGCUGUGCACCGCGGCGUAAUUCGAGCUCUGGCCUCGAACCAAGCAUCAUUCGCUUCGCAGGGUGUUGCAGGCUACAACUUUAUUCUGCCAGAUCACAUGAUUUCUUUACAGAUCCUCCCUUCUGAUGAUACGGAGCUUAUCAGAACGAUAACACAAUCUUGGCGCGAGUUUCUUACCAACUAUUCUGGUCUUAACAUCACCGAGAAUACAUAUUACACAUUCUCCAAAUUCUCUGAGUGGUACGCAUUCACGCAAAAUCCCGCAAUCGCUCGCAACGGUCCGGUGGGCGUAGGAAUUUCCGAGUCAGGCCGCUUCUUGCCGAAGAGGCUCUUCUCCGAGCCCGAGGAGAUUGAGAAGGUUGUGGAUGCCGUUGUGACGGCAAUGCAAUUUUCCCUUACAAACAAAGGUGGCGGGUCUGCACAGCUUUACGCCACCGGGCCGUUGAAUCAACCCGAUAAUAGUAAGACAGGUGUCAAUCCUGCAUUCCGCGAGGCAAUGUGGGAGGUCAUCAUGGGAGGCAUCUGGACGAGUGCAACACCAGAAGCAGUACGACGUCAGAUACGCCAUACAAUUUCUGCGUCUAUCGAACCAUUCAAGGCCCUGACACCGGGAGGAGGAUGCUACAUGAACGAGGGCGAUUGGACAGAGGAGAAUUGGCGGCAGACAUUCUUUGGCAGCAAUUACGAUCGAUUGCUGGAAGUGAAGAGGAAAUUUGACCCGACUGGUCUGUUCAACUGCUGGAAGUGUAUUGGUUGGUCUGGAUACGACGAUCCUACUUAUUCGUGCUACUCCCAAAGCUUGAGGCAUCCUAUCCCUACUAUACCCCUUGGACCAGUCGAAUAA